AUCUAUCUUUCUCAAUCUUCCCCUAUUUGUCAAUAUAAAUAAACAACACCAAACAAUCUCAUUUCUCCAUCAAUCCAAUACUCCAGUUUAUCCAUACAUCCUCUCUCAAAACCUUUUUUUUUCCUCAAAAACGAAAAAAAAAAUUAAAAAAAUGGUAGUUUUAUCUCAAGUUGCAUUAGAGCAAUUCAUCAAAACAUGCAAACCCAACACCAUAAACCCAAACAUUCCCCAAAAUAUAAUCCCCACAAUAGACUUAUCAAAGUCUAAUGCAAAAUCAAUGCUUGUUAAUGCUUGUCAAGAAUUUGGGUUCUUUAAAGUUGAAAAUCAUGGAAUUCCCAUUCAAAUUAUGUCUCAAUUAGAGGAUGAAGCUUGUAAAUUCUUUAGUUUACCUUUACUAAAUAAGGAAAGUGCAGGAGUUGCUAAUCCUUUUGGUUAUGGUAAUAAACAUAUUGGUCGAAACGGCGACGUUGGAUGGGUUGAAUACCUUCUUCUUUCUGCUUCACCUGACUUUAUUUCUCAAAUUUCUGUCUCCAUUUAUCCUCAUAAUCCUGAUCUUCUCAGGUAUGCAAUAAUGAAUUAUUUAACAAAAGUGAAGAAAAUGGGGGUGCAAAUAUUGGAAAUGAUAGCAGAAGGAUUAAAUGCAAGAAAAGAAGAGAAAAAUAUAAUAAGUAAAAUGAUAAAAGAUGAAAAAAGUGACUCAUAUAUUAGGCUAAACCAUUAUCCACCAAGACCAGAGGAAGCUACUUUAAGUUUAAAUGGUAAAAAUAUGGUGGGUUUUGGAGAACAUACAGAUCCUCAAAUAUUAUCAAUACUUAGAUCAAAUGACACACCAGGCUUACAAAUCUGUCUACAUGAUGGAAGUUGGGUCUCUGUUCCACCCGAUCAAAACUCCUUUUUCAUUCUUGUUGGCGACUCUUUGCAGGUGAUGACUAAUGGAAGAUUUAAGAGUGUGAAACACAGAGUAUUGGCUGACAACAAGAAAUCAAGAAUAUCAAUGAUCUUCUUUGCGGGCCCACCAUUAAGUGAAAAGAUAUCACCUUUACCUUGCAUUAUGCAACCUAAUGAAGAAAGUUUGUACGAGGAGUUCACAUGGAGGGAAUACAAAAAUUCUGCCUAUAACUCUAGAUUGAGUGAUAAUCGCCUUUUAAGCUUUUUAAAGAAUAAACCUAACCAAAUCUAGCAUGAUUUAUUACUUUGCAUAUUCUAUUUUUAAUGUACCAUAUUACCUCAAUUUCCCUAAUCUUAAUCACAUUGUAAUCUAUGGUAAUCAAUAAUUAUGUAGGGUGUAUCGUUCUAUAAGUAGAUUAAUCUAAUACGAUAUUAAGAUAAGAAUGUUUGUGAACGAGCAUACAUAGUUAUU